UUAGUGCUGUUAUAUGACGUGACUGAGUUGAUGCUUCUGAUCCAGAGAAUGUGCGGCGAGUACGAUCAGAAUGUCCCUUCCAUGCGAAAGGCUUGGGGAUACCAGGUAGCCUUGGCACGGCACCAGGUGUGCGGAGCAUACCUGCACUUCAGGGCCUUGAUGGAGAAACGCAUCCCUGGAGGGAAAUGGAAGGAGGUGCAAACUUCCUUGGACUCCCAGUUUCAGCACGGCUUUCUCGAUGUAGACUUGAGCCACGUGCUUUGCAACGAAGUGCCCCCGGGCAGCCUGGAGUCCAUCAGCGCAUGCCGGCCCUACCUGCGGCAAGUCGAGAUAGCGGAGGACGAGAAGAAAAGUGCGGAAGCGGAGAAGAUGAAGAAACAGGUUCGGGAGGCCAGCUGUCAGCAGCUCAUGGCCCAGAUCGAGAAUGACAUGGCGCAGUUGCAUGGACGGGACAUGAACAAGCACAGGGCAGCGCGGGAAACAGCUUUGGAUGUCAAGUACAUUCGUGACCGGCAAGGACACCUGUUCGUCGAGAACUUCAUGAAGUCUUCGUGUCAACUUCUUCGUUUGGAGGAAGAUGCGGAUUUCGUGAAAUCCGCGAUCCUGAACAAGUAUGUCCUGGUGCUUCUGGAUUUCACCGUGUUUCCAGCCAACGGGCUUUACGUGAAGCAAGCGCUGGACGUUUGCUCCAACGUCCUUGCGCUUUCCCAAACGCAUGCUGCGCACGUGCAAUUGCCUUUGGUCCAAAAGCAAACGUCAACGGCGGCUGCGGUCAAGCAUCGCAGAAGCGUCGAGGAUCACUUCAUGAAGGCGAACGUGUCCCUGCGGGAUGGAGUGUCCCUGCUGUUCUCCAAAGACCUGGAUGCGACAGCUUCGGACCGUCGCGCCCUUUCCCAAUCAUGCGUGGCGUGCAUGUACGAGGACUUCAAGGAGUGCUCCUUUGUGAAGAGUGCAGCGGUCACGGAGGGUCGCAUCGGACCAGUGCCGUUGAUCCGGGUGAGUGAAUUCAUUGGCUACGAUGAUUUGCUGCGACCAGGGGCGGCGGCCCGUGUGGAACAGCAACUUAGUAAACAUAUAUUUGUUUGUUGA